UGUCCAAUCGCUGCAGCACAGAAGUCUGAGGCCAGUGUAGUGGGAGUGAAGAGAGAGGAGACGGCGAGCGCACGGGACGGAUACUGCCCACACUGCUGCAAGAGUUCAAGCAAGUUUGGGGACGGUGGUGGUGCUGGUCGUGUUGGGACUUCGUUUGCAGGAAAAGUGCAGUAGAAGGUGAGGAAACCUGCAGCGCAGACAAAGAGCGCUCGGCGAGCUGCCUGCAGAGGCAACUCAAACUUCCCCAACAUCUGGUGUGCUGGAGGACGGGGCGAGCCGGAGAGAGAAACUUUGGAGGCGGAGAGAACAAACUAUCCUCGCUGGAGGAAAAAUGCAUUGAAUUCUGAGUGAUUUUUGGUGGGGGGCUAACUACAUGAGUCGAAAACCGAUUUGGUGGCCGUGUGAAGUGACGAGUGUGGAGGGAAAGAGGACGGGGAAGGUGUCGGAGGGCGAGAAGUCCACCUGGAGCGGUCAGAGAAUGAAUUAGCCGAAGGUUUGGCUGCACCGUGUCCCAGCCAGAGAGAAGGCUCACUCCUUGGCCCCUCCACCUGCUCCCACGCCCAUGGAUGAGGAGAGGAGCGCCCCUGCCAUCUCCCCAGAGCCACCCGAUGAUGGGGACCCCAGUUUACCGGCUGCACCACCCAGUUCGCACGCAACCUCGACCGCAGAGACAGAAAACGGCUGCCCGAACCCCGAUCCCUGUCCAAGUGAAGACGUGGCCCACACCUACACUGAGCCACUCAUAUUGAGGAUAAACGGCACCCCAGAAAGGCUCCGAGGCAAUGAGGGAGACAAGUGGAACAACAGCCUCUCUCACACGGAGCUCACAACACCCAGCAAGAGUAUCACAUCACAACCAGCAGCCAGAUCCACGCCCGUCCACCACACCCAGCCAUGUCGGACACAGCCCAGCAGCCAACUGCGCAACGGAGCCAAGCACCACGCCCAUACGCACUCCCCUCACACGCACUGUCCGCACCACACGCACACGCCUCACACACAUGCAGUCCAGUCCAACGGGGUCAGAAACGGGGGCCCUCACCCUAAGCUGGGCUCCCUCCCCAAAGGCGGCUCAUCCACCUCCUCGUCGUCCUCGUCAGGACCCAGACACACCAAGAAAUUGCAGUCAAACCCCUCCAUCACUUCACAGAGCAGCAAGCGGAGCAAGAGCAGCUCCAAGAGCAACAGCUCCCAGAUUCCCACAGAGGCACAGGACGACUGCUGUGUUCACUGUAUUCUGGCCUGCCUCUUCUGUGAGUUCCUAACUUUUUGCAACAUCGUGCUAGACUGUGCCACCUGCGGCUCCUGUGCGGGGGACGACGCAUGUUUCUGCUGCUGCUGUGCGACGGAGGAGUGUGGCGACUGUGACCUGCCCUGCGACAUGGACUGUGGCAUCAUCGACGCCUGCUGCGAGUCUGCAGACUGCCUGGAGAUCUGUAUGGAGUGCUGCAGCCUUUGCUUCUCCUCCUGAGAGCCGUUAGCUACCGCCAUGGGAGCACCGUCCAUGUCUGCUACACACCCACGAGCCCAGAAACAACUUCGACCGGUGCCGAGAGGCGGUACACCCGGUCUUUGUUGCCUUGGCUCUGUGGUUUACACUAUAUUGGCUUGCCUAGUUGGCUCCACAUUAUGUCCAAUGUUUCUUACAGGGUUUGCCAAGCAAAAGAUGUGACCUAAUGCUGAGAGCAGUCACUGGUGACUUCUUCCUUCCUCUAUUGAUCAAACGAUGAGACAGUAGCCUCUCCUGCCUCGUCUUUGCCGUGGUCCAUUGCUACACAGCUGGGUGUAUGGUGCAGAGUGAGUUCCAGCUGUGGUCCACGAGUGGCUGCGAGCCCGUGCAGACCAGGCCUCUGGACCCUCACAGAACAAGCUAUUAUUACAAUGGAGCCCCUUGUGCCGUCUGAAUGACUGGAGUUCUCCAAGCAUGAAAAAUGACCUCCAAAGGCAAAUGAGAAAAUGGCUCCAUUUAACCGGAUUUUAGUGUUUCUGUAGAUAAGAGCAGCAGCAUAAUGGGAAAAUGGACGCUCAGAUCUCAGUAGAAAUGUAGUCUGUCCUCCUGUCCUUGGCAAGGUUAAAGUCUUCCAGUUUGAUUGCAUACAGUGGCCUUUACACACACACAUACACACACACACACACACAUGCGGACACACUGACACACACACCCUAAGUGGAGGAUUGCUGUCUUUGUCCUUGUUGCAAUGCGCAAGAUAGAGAAAACGUUCAUGGUGGCUUGUGGCAAUAUUACAGACAAAUCUCUUUUGUUAAUAUGCAUCUCACUCGACGGACUUAUUCAGAGAGAAGAACCAUGAGAGCGUCAUGCGUCAGCCUGAAGAUGGGCCCAAUUAAAUGAGUACUGUAAGUGACGGACAUCCCGGAGCGAAUGGUUGAUAGCAUCUGCCAUGGACACGUUCCCCACUCUAACAUGUGAAGGGAGAGAGUUCUUUAAUCAAAAGCUUCUCCUCGUUUAAUGUUUCACAUCCUGUUUAUUUUUUACUGUUUUAUUUUGAGGGGCUUUGGCUGUUUUAUCAGUGAAUGGUUCCUCGUCUGAAUGGUCAGAACUGGCAAAGGACUGGUAGAGGAUUGGAAGGCAUCAUCUCCUUUUGUAACAAAUUUCUUUUUUUUUUUUUGUCGUUCUUGCUAUGUGAACAAAGGGCCUUGGCUUAGCUUAAGGCCUGAAUUUUCAAGUAGAUUCCUCGCCUUCACCAAAUCUCUAUUAAUCCUUGUUUUGUAGAUUUUAGUUAAGAUAUUUGCAUUUUCUCCUCCAAUGUGAAAAUCACAUUUCUGUGUUAUCGGGUUUUGCCGGGCUCUCUGUAAAGCAGACAUUGCUCAACAUCUAAUUUAAUUCCUUGAAUGAAAAUCUCAAGACAUUAUGCUAAGUUAGAUCCAUAUGCUCGUAGACUGAAUGGUACGCUUUUUGAUAACAGGCUCGCGCUCCUAUAUGCUCAGAUUCACACCUUCUCCAACCCAGUACCUCUUGAGAUGUUACCUAGAUCUGUUUUUUUAACAUUUCAAAAUGACUUGAUGCAAAUCUCUCUUCUUUCUGAUCAAAUACUAUUUGUGCAAUCCUUUUAUUUUUUUUUUAUUUUUUAGGAAACACCAAAGAGUUUUCCUCUUACUGGACCUGACUUUCUAGACCUAUAAAUAAAGGGUUUUUGCUAUGCUAAUGUGGCUGUGGUUAAUUAAACCCUAUUUUAAGGGCUGAUAUAUAACACUGUUGAUUAAGAAUAAACACUAAGGCUGUAUAUCGACCUGAUAACACCUAAGCAGAAAACGCAUGUUUUUUGGGAGUCAACUAAUGCAACUUAAGAAGAUAUUUUGGACAUUUGGUUCAUGAUCUGGAAAAAAAUCCUGGAGAGCCCUGGAGAACAAUGCAAUUCUUUACAAUACAGAGAGAUUUAUGAAGGGAGAACUGGAUGAUAUAAUGUUAUGUACAGAUGUGAAAGUAAUGUUUUUUGUUGUAUUACUUACAAGAUAUUCCAAGUACAAAUUCUGGUGCUGGUGCUUCAUCCGGGAAAAUUUCAUCUGUCACUUGAAUAGCAUUGUGACAGAGAAAGAAUAAAAGUGCCUUGUGACAAAUACUCUAGCAAGCAGCGUACCAUGUAGGAUAUCUGGUGUGGUGUCAGACUCAGUUGACACCAUCCAGGGUGAGCCAUUAGCUUUGGUAAGACGUGUGCCUGAGUACUGGAUAACCAAGCUCAGGCCACAUUGGACACAACGUGGCCCACAACAAGAAAUUAAAGAUGCAGACCAACAUCAAUAUCCCAUGUGUCACCUGUGGUGUACUUACCACUUACCAGUUGUGAGGUGUCGGACUCUGCCCACCCUCCGCUGUAUCUCUAAGCCUAGACUUAGUCCAGAACUAUCCACGCUGUUCUCUUUCCAGGCAGCGGCCAUAUUUAACGAUUGAAACUAUGCCAACUCUGCCUGCCAUGGCCAUGCGGUGUCGGGCCGCGUGCUUCCUGGUGUGUCCAAAGCCAACCCAUAUGAAUUGAAAACCAAAGUAGAAACAUUUUCCUUUAGCAGCACUGAUGUUGUGUCAUUACAAAUAUUUGAGAAAAAAAAAAGUUUUGUACCACUGUAUUACAAUUUGUACACAAUAAGCCUCCAAACUUUAGCGAGCUACAGAGUCAACAAGCUAAUGUUAACACAAGUGGUCUCAACCAUAGACAAUAGCACAUCUACUCUGUCCAUUAGCUGACAGUGUUUAAAUAAACAGUUCACUUUGCUUUCAUGCUUUGUUAAGUCAAGCAAGAAUAUGAUUGUGAUGUUUUCAGCUGGCUCAUCUUACUGCUAAAACAAUAGCCUCAGUGUUUUGUACCCCAACCCAUUUGACAUGUUGUUUCCUAUCAUUUAUGACUCUGCAUAACCACAGCCUCAUUCAGUUUUACUCAAGUUUCAAGACUUUUACCACUCGGCUGCAGCUUCUCAGCAAUAUAGUCCAACAUUUCAGCCCUUCAAAACCAUGAGAAAUUCAGCUUUCAUGAACGAGAAUCUCACAGACAGGCUUAUCGGUGGCCUUGAUCUCUGUUAUGCUGAACUGAUUUUAUUUUGGUCAAAUUUCUGUUUCCAGCACAGAUGUAACUGAAGAAAUAAAGUCAACAACCCUUGACAGACAGCAUGGCUUUGCAAAUCUCUUUUUAGCAGUAGAUUUUAUAAACAUGUCUGAGGUUGUUGGUCUCCAAAAGAAGCUUCACCUGUGUCUCUGAAGACAUAAAAAUUCUCCUGUUGGACUGUAAAGUGCUGAGUAUUAAUUAAGUCAAAACUACAGCAAGAGUUUGCUAUGCAGCAUAAAUCAUGUGAAACAACAUUUCAUUAAGGACUUGGUUAAUAGUAAAAAAUAAAAAUGAAAAUAAAAAUCAUUCAAUCUUAAUUUAAUGAUGUUUGAAUAUUUUUAUGACCUAGCCAUUAAAAGCCCCUUCAUGUCUAUAGUAUACUGAGAAGUGCUUCACAAUUUGCGGAGAAUUGAGGCAGUCUGGAGGGACUGGAAACUCUUAAUUGGUUCAUCUGGAUGUAGAAAAUCCCCAAAUGAACACCCGUCUUGCAUUUAAACCAUUCACUAGAUGAUUUAGAGAUAUGGAUAUGAUGUUGUGUCUGCACCACACAGGACAUCAUCUCAUUUCAAAAUAUUUCCCUUGUAUUAAGUCAAGCUAUUUCAGUCAUACUGGAAGAAAACACAAGUUUACUUUCAAUGUUUUGCAUACUCAGUAUUAUCAGUGUUAUUGUUACAAUUACCAUGACCAUAGAAAUGUGUACCUGUCAACUUUCAUGGAUUUGGUAUUUUACUUUGAAAUGGAAUUUGGAUCUUGGUUUAAAGGGCCGGCCUCCUCUGCUAGUUGCCUGGAAGUUGCCCGAGCCCGGCUGAAUCGUUACUAGACUUUAGUCCACUAUAAUGUCAUUUUGUUUACAUUACCCCCAUUUAAUGUCCAUUUGAAUUGCUGUCCUGGAAGUCACAUUAAAAUCUCUUUGUUUAAUACUGAAUAAACAAUGUGAACUCCA